GCUCCGCGGGUGCGCGCGCGGCUCUCGUCUCGGCUACGGUGUGAACGCGCUCGGUGUGUUUAAAGGGUCGAUCGCGACGGCGCGUCCACGACACACCAUCCGACUGCUCUGCGCAUGGACUGCGUUUUUGUCUUUUUCUUUUUAAAUCUUCUUUUUAUAAUAAUUUAAGCAGCGGCGAAACGGCAGAAGGAGCAGAUUUCGGGAUCCGCGCGUCUUUAGUAUUUAAUAACGUUUAAUCUGCAGAUGAGAACCGCGGGAGACCAGUUGCUUCUGUAAAUAUUAUAUGAAAGUUGAAUGUUGAGACCAUUUCGGACAGUACUCUUAAAGCUGUUUUUUUUUUUUUUUUUAAAGUAAAAAUAUAUAGUGCUACAGGUGCUGUUUGGCAUGUUUUUUACAUGUUUACUGCCAGGUGUUUAGUUAAAUAAUUAAGAAUAAGAUGAUGUAGAGGUGCGUUUACGAACGUGUUUGCGCUCCAACCGAGGCGUUACUGGCAGUUACACAGCGUCCGCGGGAAGACUCGGUGCCACCCGGUGCGAGGAGGUUUUUAUUUUUAUUUUUUUAUUAAUAAAUUAAAAAAAGGAAAAAAAAAAAAGACUGAACUUAAGGAAGACGUGUGUAAACGCCCGCAGCGCAGAUGGAGCCGGGAGCGCCGGACUCGAACCAGCAGCCAGCGCGGAGGCGGAGAUGUUCGGGCAGCUGGAGGAGAAACAGACUGAACAAACAAGGGGCCGUGGUGGUGGACGUGGAGCUCGGGCGCGAGCCGGGGCUGGACGCGAAGGGGGACAAGCAGGGGGAGCCGGAGCCUCUCCGCUGGCCCUCGGAGGAGAAAGGCAGCGCGCACAGCGCGCACUCGCCGCCCUCGCUCCCCUCCGCCGACUCGAGCUCGGGUUCGAGCAGCUCGUGCUCCAGCCCCCCUACCCCCCCCGCCGCCCCCUCGAGCCGCAGCUCGGACCCGCGCUCCUCGGCGCCCGCGUGGGCUGUGGCCGCCGGCAGCUCGGACUCCGAGGAGGACCCCCCCGACAGGAAAGUGGCCGCCGAGUCGCGACCCCCGCCGGAGAGUCGCAGGGAGCAGGAGGAGAAGGACGAGGUGGAGACCAAGGCCGUGGCCACUUCACCUGACGGCAGGUACCUCAAGUUCAACAUCGAGAUCGGGAGGGGCUCCUUCAAGACGGUCUACAAAGGCCUGGACACGGAGACCACCGUGGAGGUGGCCUGGUGCGAGCUGCAGACCCGGAGGCUGACAAAGAUGGAGCGGCAGCGUUUCAGCGAGGAGGUGGAGAUGCUCAAGGGCCUGCAGCACCCCAACAUCGUGCGCUUCUACGACUCCUGGAAGUCCACCAUCAAAGGCCACAAGUGCAUCAUCUUGGUCACUGAGCUCAUGACCUCAGGAACCCUGAAAACGUACCUGAAGCGAUUCAAGGAGAUGAAGCUGAAACUCCUACAGCGCUGGAGCCAUCAGAUAUUGAAGGGGCUGCACUUCCUGCACACCCGCACCCCUCCCAUCAUCCACCGCGACCUCAAAUGCGACAACAUCUUCAUCACCGGCCCCACGGGCUCCGUCAAGAUCGGGGACCUAGGGCUGGCCACGCUCAAGAGCGCCUCCUUCGCCAAGAGCGUCAUCGGCACUCCCGAGUUCAUGGCCCCGGAGAUGUACGAGGAGAAGUACGACGAGGCCGUGGACGUCUACGCCUUCGGCAUGUGCAUCCUGGAGAUGGCCACGUCCGAGUACCCGUACUCCGAGUGUCAGAACGCCGCCCAGAUCUACCGCAAAGUCACGAGCGGUAUGAAGCCAGACAGCUUUUUCAAAGUGAAAGUCCCCGAGCUAAAAGAGAUCAUCGAGGGAUGCAUACGCAUGAAUAAAGACGAAAGGUACACAAUCCAGGACCUGCUGGAACACACCUUCUUUCACGAGAACAACGGCGUGCGAGUGGAGCUGGCCGAGGAGGACGACGGGGUCAAGUCGGAACUCAAGCUGUGGUUGCGCAUGGACGACACCAAGAAGCUGCACGGGAAGUACAAGGACAACAACGCCAUCGAGUUCCUGUUCGAGCUCUACAAGGACGUGCCCGAGGAGGUGGCGCAAGAGAUGGUGGUCUUGGGCUUCAUGUGCGAAGCUGAUUACAAGUUAGUUGCCAAAGCCAUCCGGGACCGAGUCACGACCAUCAGGAGGCAGCGGGAGAAGCUGCGGAAGCAGGCGGAGGAGCAGCGGAAGAAGAAGCAGGAGGAGGUCGCUGAGGAGGAGCCAGAGUCUGAACUGCAGGCCACGAAGGCCAACGGUCCAACCUCAGAGGCCUCCCCACCAGCCCAGGCCCCGCCUGCACUGACCAUCUCUGGCCCUACCCCUCCUUUGGCCAACGGCUCUGCGGACUCCGGACUCUGCACCAGCCUCCCGUGGGAGUCGGAGGAUCUCAAGCCCUACCAGCACUACCAGAUCCGACAGGCCAGCUGCUCCCCGGCCACUUCCGACUGCGAGACGGACGGCUAUCUGAGCCCCUCCGGAUUCGUGGACCCCCUCGACGCGGUCCCCCAGGCGGCGGCGGCGGCGAACGCCGGCCGGUCCGCUCCGGCUCCUCCCGCAGUACCGACAGAGGCUCCACCCACGCAAGCCCUGCAGAUCCCGGCCCUGCGAUUCCCAUCGAGUUUCGCGGUGUCCCACACCGUCGAACACGCUCACUCCGGCACGGCCAGCGGCUUUUCCUCCCCUGUUGACAGCUACACCUCCGAUGUGACGUCGGGCUUGAGCGAUGGUUACGAGGGCCCGUCGGAGAAGCGCGCCGGCGGCCCCGACCGACGGACCACGAGCAAGCUUUUGAGGAGGAAGGCUCGGCCCCGGCUACGCAUAACCGGGCUGUCAGACAGAGUGGACCGCGUGGUCGAGUGCCAGCUGCAGACGCACAACAACAAGAUGGUGACGUUCAAGUUCGACCUGGACGGCGACAGUCCGGAGGACAUCGCCACGGUCAUGGUGCACAACGAGUUCAUCCUCCCCGCGGAGCAGGACGGAUUCGUUCACCGCCUGCGGGAAAUCAUCAAGCGGGCCGAGGUCCUCUUGAAGAAGGAACCCCCGGGCCAGGCGGACGCUGCGGGGAGCGCCCUCCUGCCCCACCUGAGCAAAGUGGGAAUGCUGUCUGCCUCUCAGCCUGAUCUGCAUAUGCACGGCCUGGCUCGCACCCACUCCUCCUCGUCCCUGCCCGAUUUUGGCCUCAAGACCCCGGAGCAGGGCACGUGGGAGCGAACGCCCACGGUCGCCGCGGACUUCUUCGUCGACCCCGAUGCGGCGCAGCCUGUGCGGCCCCUGCGCUCGCAGUCCUUCCACACGACCUCAGGGUCUACCCAGCCUCCUCCUGCUCAACCUCCUCCCAUUUCCCAGCAUCUGCCAGUACCCACCCCUGAACCUGUUCCCAUAAUGCCAGUUAAGCAGGUUACCAACUUGCCCCAAUACCCAGUGACUCAUUACAUGCCCAACAGCUCUUUACAGUUCCCUUACCCGGUCACCCAGGGUUCCCCCAAUCCUCCCCAUCAAGCCCUGCCCCGUGUGGCCAGCCACCCCGACUUGUCCUCAGCCUCCUCGCUGGGCUCUCCGAGCCCGACGAACCAGGGCAACGUCGACGGCAGACCUGCACCGCCCCCGACUCAAAAGGCAGCUCAGCUUCAGCCCCAGCAACCCGCCCUGUGGCCCCCCGACACGCAACAGCCCCUCUUUUCCCUGGCCAGCGUGCUCACGCUGGCCAUAAGCAUGGCACAGUCCUUGAUACCCCCCACCACCCAGCCGAGCCCCCUAACCCAAAGCUUGCCCUCGCUCUCGAGCUUCCAGCCUCAGCUGGCUGCCCCCAUCGGCCCCCAACAGGCCUACGGUGCAACAUUCAUACCACAGCCUGCGAUGCCUGGAGAACAACCUCACCACCCCGGGGGGCUUCCUGGCCAACACCUAGAUGCGCAUACCCGCACGCCCGAGGGUGCGCUGAAAACUCAGCAAGUCGGCCAGCCUUGCCCCGCCGGGGCCUCGAAUGCGUCCUCUGAGGUACCUGUACCAACGGCUCCUUCGGAAGGCUCCGGGUCUCCUGCCGCACAACCCAGCGUUUCAAACACCAGCCAACCUUCGCUACCUCAACCUAGUCCCAGUGGGGACCCUUUUCCACCCUCGAGAGCUGUGGCAGAGGACCAGGCAGACAAGCCAAGUUCCCCUACCACAUCCUCCUCUUCUCCUCCUUCCAUCAGCCCACAGGACACGGUGUCUCCAAGGAGACCAUCAUCCCCACAAGCUGUGCCUGAAGCCACCACAGCAGCCACCAAGUGUGAAGAACCGAGCCCCUCGGUCAAAGUGGGUCGCUUCCACGUGAGCCCCAGCACGGAGACCGUGGACGUUCCGCCGGCCCCAGCCGCGGACGCGCUCGCCUCCAGCGGCAGCCGCGCCACACGGGACAGCAACGCGGAGAGCAGCACGGAGGAGCAGGAGGAGUCGGAGGAGAGCCUCGGCACGGUGACCUCGUCCCCCUCGCGGCAGGCCCCCGCCGGCCCUCUGCAGGACGUCGACAACGACGUCUCGCACCAGGGCCCGAAGGAGCCGGAGGAAGAGGAGGCACAGAGGAGCCAGCAUGUAGACACCACCUGGGAGAACCCCGAGUGGGGGGAGGGCGCAGGGAAUCCCCAGCACUCCGUGGCCUUUCACCCGCCCUGGAUGAGCUACAGUCGCAACUCGUACCAGAGCAGCGACGACACGGAGAGCGAGGACGAGGACGAGGACAUGUGGGAGGAGCUCAAGGAGCUCAGGCUGAGGCACCUGAUGGAGGUCGAGGAGCUGCAAACUGCCCAAAAGCAGGAGAUCAUUGAGCUGUACAAAAGGAUGGGCAAGGUGCCCCCGCCGGCCAUCGUCGCCUCUGCUGCCAUGCUGUCCAGUCGGCAAAGACGCCUGUCCAAAGGGGGGGGUUACUCCACCUCCCGCAAGAACAGCCUGCAAAGACUGGACAUGCUGCCACCUGCUGGGAUCAUGAGGAAGAAUUCGGUGAGUGGCAGUAGCAGCAGCUCACAGGAGCGGUCCACCAAAGGGGUGACCUUCGCUGUCGACUACAGAAUGUGAGGAGGCCGAUGAGCCUGCGCAUUGCUUCCGCACAAGAGCACAACGCCAUCCGCCGUCCACUGUGCAGCAAGGAGGCGUCCAAGUAGAAGGGGACUCCUUUUCCUCAACAGCAGCAGCGAGGGGUCCAUCAGAACCAUUCACUGGGUUGCGAGUCAGCAGAACCAGCACAGCUGACCUGUCAAUGCUCAGUCAUGUAGAGCCGUUUCAGACCACACCGGGUCGGCAGCACACGUUUCCGUCCACAGCGCACCCUCGCAGUUGGUAUCAAGGCUGCUGCGUUGCCAUGACCACUGUGGUCACCCUAAAAAAGGGAGGCAGAGUACAACCUGUGCUUUUGAUCCCUUUCUGGAAUAAGUAUUGCUUUUGUAACUGUAGGCACAGUACAGUGAGACCUUCACACACACAUUGUAUUUGUCCCAAAGGUCUCAAAGCUCUUGCACUUUCUCACUUUUGUCCUUUGGACACAAAGUCUCGGCGCCCCCUGGUGGUGAAACUCAGAUGAAGUUUGUGGCUUUUUAUCCUUUUUCUUUUAAUAACUUAAGUUUCAAUGUGAUGAAAUUAACUAUUUUUGUGAAUGAAUCAUAACACUGCGCAUUGUGACUGCACAACCAAGGAACAAGUGCCUUCUCAUGGUUACCGUUACUUAACAGAGCACAUUAGUAAUUAGAAUCAGUUAAAAUGACAGGUAAUAGAAAAUCUAAGUGUAUAUUUAAGUUUUGGGAAAUAAGAGUAUUUUAUACAUUAAAAAAGCAUAAUGUAUAAUAUAUAAGGCAGUAUACAAAACAAAGGUAUUAAAAUUAACAUAUUAACACCUGACUUUAUAUUUGCACAUAAAACAGCCACUAUUAUACACACACCGAUAUGAAGAAUUAACUGCACUGAAUCAGUCUGACAAGCGCACUGCUACAACGCAACUAAUAUUCGAGAUUUUUUGUGCGGUGGUCAUGUCUGAACUGUGAAAUACGAAUGCUGACAAAUUUCCUUAAGACGUUCCCUUCGUCGGAUCAUUUCCUCGAAGUUUUUUCAGUUGCAAAAUAUCCACAGUAGAUGAACACUGAAGACACCAAACUAUAAAUUAGGCUUAAUGGAGGUGAAUGAUGAGAUGUAAAUCUUCACAGCUUUUGUACAUAACUCACGCUACACAGCCGAGAAAGAUGUCAACUCUGCAUUCAAGCUCUAACUCAAGUGUCUAGAUGAAUUAGAAAAGCACAAAAUUUCAGAUAAUGGAAAUAAUUACAAUUCAUACAGAUCAUAUCACAAUGUAAUCUUUCAAUGUUUUCUCACUCCACCACUCUGAGCCCAAACAAAUAUACGGUAACUUGAGACCUGUUAUCACUUAAAGUCAAAAAUCACCAGCUUAAGUGUUAUCCUCCCUGCAU